AAUACGCUAAAUAAACUGUUUUAACAAAGUUGGCUACGUAAUGAAUGCAACACUGGACUCCACCCUCCGUAAGUUUCUGGGCGUGGAGUGAACUACAUGCCGUCGCUUGCUUGUUCGUCUCCUGUCAUAACAAGUAGACCGUGCCCCCGUUCAGUAACCUGCUGCGCUGCUAACUAAUGCUAUUCGACUACUUCAAAACGUAGGAUCGUCGAUUUUAAGAAGCAUGAGUUCUGUGGGCCGCUGGGGUGAGGAAGAUGAGGAGGAGGAGGAAGAAGAGGAGCACAGCAACCCUACGGAGGUGAAGAUGUGUAAGAUGGUGAUGCCAGGUCACGCUAACCAUCGGCAUGAGCUCAGCGUCGGACAGCUGCUCAAGUGGAUGGACACCACCGCCUGCCUGUCUGCCGAAAGACAUGCUGGGUGUCCAUGUGUCACGGCGUCUGUCGACGACAUCCACUUUGAGCACACGAUAGGGGUAGGUCAGGUGGUGAACAUCAAGGCCAAAGUCAACAGAGCCUUCAACACCAGCAUGGAGGUGGGCAUCGUGGUGAGCUGUGAGGAUCUGUUCAGCGGGCGUAGCUGGAGGGUGUGCCACGCCUACGCCACCUUCGUCACCCAGCGCUCCGCCACCGGCAAGGUGCAGCUGAAGCCAGUGCAGCAAGUGAGCCAGAGGGAGCAGGUGGAGCACAGCGUAGCAGCAGAGAGGAGGAGGAUGAGACUCAUCCAUCAUGACAUCAUCAAGGACCUGCUCGCCAACAGAGACCUGCGGCAGGAGGUGGAGCCCCAGUCCCAGCAGGCGGUGCCAGCAGAGAACACCAGGGUGGAGAGUGUGGAGCUGGUGCUGCCGCCACACGCCAACCACCAGGUCAACACCUUCGGAGGACAGAUCAUGGCCUGGAUGGUCAACGUGGCCACUAUCGCUGCCAGUCGUCUGUCGAACGCCCACCCCACCCUGCGCACCAUCGACAUGUUCCACUUCAGAGGCCCCUCCCACGUGGGGGACCGACUGGUCCUCAAGGCCAUCGUCAACAACGCCUUCAAGCACAGCAUGGAGGUGGGCGUGUGUGCCGAGGCCUACAAGGGGGAGGAGUCUCUCAGACACAUUAACUCCGCCUUCAUGACCUUCGAGGUGCUGGACCAGCACGGCAAGCCACGCGCGUUACCACGGAUACGACCCGAGCCCACGCAUGGGGUGAGGCGUUACCAGGAGGCUAUCGCCAGGAAGAAAAUUAGACUGGACAGGAAGUACAUCAUUUCCUGUAAACAGACCGAGGUCCCUCUAUCUGUGCCCUGGGAUCUAUCCAAUCAGGUGUAUCUGAGCUACAACAAUGUGUCAGCUCUGAAGGUGCUGGCAGCCAGGAACACCUGGGAGCUCAGCUCUGAGAAGAACAAGGUGAAGCUGUUCACCCUGGAGCAGAAGCGAGCUCUGAGCAUCAAGGUGGAGAACCAGGUGGAGGUUCCAGCAGAGAGAGCCUUCACCCUGCUGUCUGACCUCAGCCUCAGGGUCAACUGGGAUCCUAACUACCUAAAGUGUGAGCUGAUUCGCCAGGUGGACGAUGAUGACUUCCUGUAUCGAGUGGUGACUCCCUCGGUGGGUCAGGACAGAGUCGGAGCUCUCCCAGCCAAUCAAGGAGGUGGUGGGAUGAGCCCAGCCAAUCAGGGAAGUGGUGGGAUGAGCCAGGAGUUCAUACUGCUGGCGUCAAGGAGACGACCCUGCGACGAGGGGGAUGCGUAUGUGGUGGCUCUGCGCUCGGUCAGCCUGCCCUCCAGCCCCCCCUCAGAGGCCUGUCACCAGGGGGAGGUGCUCUGUGCCGGCUUCACCAUCCUGGAGCUCACUGCCUCCAGCUCCCUGAUAUGUUACUAUAACCAGGCAUCUCCAGAGGUGUUACCCUACAUCUCUACAGACAUCGCUGGACUCUCCUCCACUUUCUACCAGACCUUCUGCUCCUGCAGCCAAUACCUGACCAGGAACCGAGACAGCCCCGCCCCCUAGCCCUGGACCACGCCCCCUCCUCACCCUGCCUACAGGGACAGCAUAGCUGACUCUCCCCUCCCUCCCUCACCCAUAUCUCUCUACCCUCUCUCCUCCCCCACCCACACUUCCUACUACAUUUGUAUUGAGAACUGAUGAGGAUAAUGUUUAAUUAACAAAACUCGGUAGUCAGCAAUCAAUAGGUACUGUCAUGGUUUCUAUGGCACAUGUUCAUUGGGAUUUGGUCAGUGUGUAAAGGGCAUUGUUAUAACUGCCGUUUUUAUAUUUUUACAGAUGAACGGCGAGAUUAAAAGAAAAUACACUAUGGAA